UUUCAAUGUUUUUCAGGUUACUUUCCGAAUUAAGUAGCACUGAAUUGUGAAGUCAGUAUGGACUAUGGAGUACAUUAGUCCUUUCUUUCAGUUACCUUAAUCUCUCCCCCCGCCCCCCAAACCACCCCAACCACACACACACACAUUUAUAGAUCAUUUUUCUCGUCUUUGUAUGUAUGUCUAAAUAGCUAUAGUAAAGAUUCCAUGGAAGUGUUAGUUUUUCUGUAUUUAUAUGAAAAUCAUGAAGAUGGUGGUAGAGAAGAUUGAGACGAAGUUUGAUCAAGAAAAAGUGAUUGAGGAAUUUGAGGAUUUGACAAAAGAUGGUGGCAGAAUUCAAGAAGAGACACUUAAAAAGAUACUGGAACAGAAUGGAGGGACAGAAUAUUUGGAGCAAUGGGGUUUGAAUGGCAGAACUGAUCCUCAGACUUUCAAGAAUUGUGUCCCUAUUGUCACUCACAAUGAUUUAGAGCCUUAUAUUCAAAGAAUUGCUGAUGGUGAUCUUUCUCCCAUUCUUACUGGAAAACCAGUUGAAACCAUCUCAUUGAGUUCUGGUACAACUCAAGGGAAGCCAAAGUUUGUACCUUUCAAUGAUGAAUUGAUGGAGUCUACUAUGCAGAUAUUCAAGACCUCUUUUGCCUUUAGGAACAGAGAAUUUCCAAUUGGGAAUGGAAAGGCUUUGCAGUUUAUUUACAGCAGCAAACAGUUCAAAACAAAGGGAGGUUUAUCAGCUGGAACAGCCACUACCAAUGUGUACAGAAAUGCACAAUUCAAGAAGACAAUGAAAGCAAUGUGUACUCCAUGUUGUAGUCCUGAUGAAGUAAUAUUUGGCCCUGACUUUCACCAAUCGUUAUACUGCCACCUUUUGUGUGGGCUCAUUUUUCGCGAUGAAGUUCAAGUUGUUUCGUCUACCUUUGCCCAUAGCAUUGUUCAUGCUUUUCGAACUUUUGAACAAGUAUGGGAAGCACUUGUUGUUGACAUAAGAGAGGGAGUCCUGUCGAGUAGAGUCACUGUCCCGUCCAUAAGAUUAGCCAUGUCAAAGUUGCUGAAGCCUGAUCCGGAACUGGCUGAUACAAUUUAUAAAAAGUGCUCGAGAUUAAGCAAUUGGUACGGCUUGAUUCCUGAACUCUUCCCGAAUACAAGGUACAUAUAUGGUAUCAUGACAGGAUCAAUGGAACCUUACUUGAAGAAACUGAGGCAUUAUGCUGGGGAGUUAUCUUUAUUGAGUGCAGAUUAUGGUUCUUCUGAAGGAUGGGUUGGAGUAAACGUUAACCCGAAAUUGCCCCCUGAGCUAGUCACUUAUGCAGUAUUGCCAAAUAUUGGUUAUUUUGAAUUCAUUCCUAUCGGGGGAAAUCUCAAUGGCAUGGAGCAAGCAAAUUCUCCUGUGGGUCUGACUGAAGUUAAACUUGGCGAAGAGUAUGAAAUUGUCUUUACCAAUUUUGCAGGUUUAUAUCGUUAUAGACUAGGUGAUGUGGUAAAGAUAAAAGGCUUCCACAAUGGGACUCCAGAGCUCCAGUUUGUAUGCAGAAGCAACCUUUUGCUUAGCAUUAACAUUGACAAGAACACAGAGAAAGAUUUACAACUAGCCGUGGAAGCUGCAGCAAAGAGCUUAGUAGACGAAAAACUAGAAGUGGUGGACUUCACGAGCCAUGUCAAUGUCUCAGCUGAUCCGGGACGCUAUGUCAUCUUCUGGGAACUGAGUGGUGAAGCAACUGAUGAAAUGUUACAAGACUGCUGCAACUGUUUGGACAGGUCGUUCAUCGAUGCAGGCUACGUGAGCUCCCGGAAAGUGAAUGCAAUUGGAGCACUUGAGCUGAGGAUUGUGAAGAGGGGAACAUUUCAUAAGAUAUUAGAUCAUUUUGUAGGAUUAGGUGGUGCAGUUAGCCAGUUCAAAACCCCUAGGUGUGUUGGUCCAAAGAAUAGCUCAUUGCUCCAAAUACUGUCUAGUAAUGUUGCUGAGACCUAUGUUAGUAGUGCCUUCUGUUGA